UCUCCACAACGACGACGACUUUGGCCUCUCCUUAAUAUUUCGAGUUUCCCGUGGGGGCGUCAACGAAGACCUCUAAGACCAGCAGCAGCAGCAGCGACCCCCCUUUCGAUAAAGUCAAAGAAAAUAAUCAUGAUAAUAGUAAGGAAAAAAGGAGGCAGAGCGACCUGUCAAUCAUCUCAUCGCCCACUCGACUGAACCUGUGACGCAAUCGCGCGCUUCGGGGCGUCGGCGCGGCACGUGACUCGGAGGUCACCCGGUCACGGAUGCCGUUUGCCAUUCGGCGUUUCGGGAUGGCACGGCGGUCACGUGACUGAAAGAGCAUUGCCACGAAAUACCGGCUGGCGCCGCGCUUCCGGGUGCGUGAGACCCCGCCCCGAUUUUCGGGUUCCGCGCGUGUGGGCCGAAGACCGCGAUUGUGCGACGACGACGAGAUGGACGAGUGGAGCUCGGCGACGUCCGUCACUUACAAGCGCUGGAGAAAUCCCGAGCACAAUCCGGAGGGGAACCCCGCGGCUCCCAAUGCGGACUCCUCGCGUUCGAUGGAGGAAAACUGCUCCGUGACCGUCGGACGCCUCAAGUCUCCCCGCUCGCCGGCGGCGGAUUCGACUCGAGAAACCUCCUUCAGUCUGGACGAGGCGCUGGACGCCCUCGGCUUCGGAAGCUUCCAGUGGAAAUUGUUAUUUCUCACCGGGUUCUCCUGGGUGGCCGACGCCAUGGAGAUGAUGAUCCUCGGCAUCUUGGGCCCGCAGCUGCACUGCGAGUGGAGCUUGCCGGGCUACAAAGUCGCUCUCAUCACGUCGGUGGUGUUUGCCGGAAUGUGCUUCAGCUCGUCGUUAUGGGGAAACUUGUCUGACAAGUACGGCAGGAAAAAGGGGCUGACCGUUUGUAUGUGUUGGACGUUUUACUACAGCGUGUUGAGCGCGCUGGCGCCGGACUUUUGUUGGAUUUUGGUGCUGCGAGGCCUGGUGGGCUUUGGCAUCGGAGGAGCCCAUCAAUCGGUGACGCUGUACUCGGAAUUGCUUCCGUGCAAGAGGAGGGGCUUAGCCGUCAUCCUGAUAGCAGCUUUCUGGGCUCUGGGCGCCGUGUUCGAGGUCCUCCUGGCCUUGUGGGUCAUGCCCACCCUGGGCUGGCGCUGGCUGCUGGGCCUGUCCUCCACGCCGUUGGCCAUCUUUCUGUGCUUUUGCCUGUGGCUGCCCGAGAGCCCUCGCUUCGACCUCCUGAACGGAGACCGAGGCAAAGUCAUGGCGACGUUGGAGAGGAUCGCCAGAGACAACGGCAAGGCCUUACCUCGGGGAAGGAUGGUCUGCGACAUACAGCGGAACGACCGUGGGCGUCUCCGAGACCUUUUUACGCGACAGUAUUACAAAACGACGCUUCUCCUCUGGUUCAUAUGGUUUUCCUUCGCUUUUACCUAUUACGGAAUCAUCCUGCUGACGACGGAGAUGUUCCAAUCUGGAGAUUCGUGUGGGGCCACCCAGGGGGCCAAAACGGAACCGAGUUGUCGUCUGGAAUGCACAUUUUUGACAUCAGAGGACUACAGAGACUUGUUAUGGACGACCUUUGCAGAGUUUCCAGGCCUGGUUGUUGUUCUGGGGACGGUGGACUGUCUGGGCAGGAAGAAAAGCAUGGCCUUGCCCCUCUUCAUCUUCACCUUGAGCAUUCUGCCCUUGUACGCCUGUAUCGGGAGGAUGACUCUCACAGUUUUCAUCUUCAUCGGCAGAGCCUUCAUCUCGGGCGGAUUCCAAGUCGUUUAUGUGUACACGCCAGAAGUCUUCCCGACCGAGAUCAGAUCGUUGGCCGUUGGCACCUGCAGCGCCGUGUCCAAGGUGGGCGCCCUCAUCACGCCCUUCGUGGCACAGGUGCUGCUCAGACAUUCCGUGUCCUUGACGCUGACCCUGUAUUGCCUCUGCUCUCUCCUGGCCGGCCUCAUGUGCCUGCUGCUGCCCGUCGAGACGUCGGGGAGGGCCCUCCGGGAGUCCGAGCGGACCCCCGCGCUCGGGUCCGCCAAAAGGGCCCCCUAAAUGUCCAACGAGACUGAAACGACUUGGCAAAGAAGAGGAGUCGAGACAAGCACGCCAUUAAGGUGGAAGACGUUUCGUUGGUUGAUUACAUUCUCUUGGACUGGUUACAUAGAUGUUUAUCUCUUUUGUUAAUUAAAUCCCAUUAACACCAUUUGUUUCGGACUGCGACUUUACUGUUUACAAAAAUCCCCCCGCUAUUUCUGAGCGCACAAAUUCACAACUGGCACGAAUUUGAGAAUGCGUGGCGCUAAAAUGUCAUCGUUAUCUUGACAAUUUACCGUACAUUGACCAAUUUUUGUAUUUGGCCUUUUGUUUAUUUUAUUUUUUUAAGUUUCAAAGUUGAAAUUUAAUGUGAUAACUUGAAAAAGAAUGAUAAUAAUUCAAUUCGCUUUGUAAGUAUAAACUAACGUAAAUAACUUCAUCAUGAUGUGUUAAUGUACAUUUCAUUGGUGGUCUUGUAAUAAAUUAGUAUUAUUGUAAUUGUC